AGCACAUGACACCCAUAUCAGCUUAAUCAGAAAAUGUACGCGACCAAGCCGCUGUCCCUGUUCAAGAGCCACCCGGAGGCGGCGUCCCGGCCGCCACCGGAGGGCCGGAACUCCGGCUACCUCGUGGUGAAGGUCCCCGACGACGACGGCGACGACGGCGAGACUUGCUGCUGGGGCACAUGCGGCGGGACGCGCGUCCGUGACCUCCCGUUCCCGCAGAACCGCGUGCUCACCGUGCGGUACACGGAGCAACACGGCGAGAGCAGCACCACCUACGCCGACGCCGUCGUGUUCGUCCCCGUCCCCGACCAGCCGCUCGCGUCCAACCGCUACUACCCCGUCAUCGCCGCCGGCCGGCGCAGGGGCCUCGUCAGGGCGUGCUCUCGCGAGGAGGACAUGGUCCCGUGCUGCUUCUGCCGGUGCAUCAGCGACGUCGAGCCCCGGCCGUUCGACCCGGCGGACAUCUACCAGCAGAUCGAGAUCGUGCCGCGCCGGCGGGGGCGGUUCACGGCGAGGGCCGUCGCCCCCGAUGGCUUCCCGUACUUCCUCUACCGCAAGAAGGGCUGGCGCGUGUACGCGUCCAAGCCCAAGGACUUCGAGCUCGGCGAGGCGCGGGGCCUCGACGCCGCCCUCCGGUCCCGCCAGCUCCCCGACGCCGCCAUCCUCGACGCGUUCCCGGCGGCGACCAACACGGCUGCCGUCGGGAAAUGGUACUCCCCGUUCUUCGUCGUCAUAGAAGGCGGCGUCGCGCCGCGCGAGCAGAUGGAGCGCAGCGCGUUCUACGAGGUGACGCUGGAACAGCGCUGGGAGCCGGUGCACGCGCACGCCGCCGGCGUCUCGAAGCUGGCCAGCAACAGGGCGCUCAUCGGUGGGAGCGUGGAAGCGAAGCAGGAGGUGGGGAGCUCGGGGAACGGCGACGGGUACGUGUGGUUUAGGGCGGCGGCGACGGGACAGAGGAUCGGUGUGUGCACGAGCGUGUGGGAGAGGAUGCGGUGGGAGGAGUACAGGGGCGGGUGGGUGGACGAGGAGGAGGACGCCGGGAGGCUUGCCGGCGGAUCGGUGCUGGUGGAGAGGUUCGUGGUGAAGAGGCUGGAUGGCAGUGUGGUUGUGGCCUUUGACUUUGCGCAUCUCAACAAAUUCAGAUCGAAGCAGCUGUGAAUACAGAGCAAGAAUAAAAUUGAGGUCAACCGUGGCUGUACUGUACGUCGUGUGCGUCGUGUGUGAAAGAGAAGAGAUGUUAAAUCAUGUACACUGUGAGAUAAUGAAUGGUUGGGGCCUAAUUCCGUCAAUGCCACUGAAAAAAUUCCAAACGCUUGUAUGCCACUAAGUCCACAUAGCAAAGACGUAGCAGGACCGUGUGUCAUGCACACGGGAUGGCAUAAGAGGGAUAGGAUUUUUUUCAGUGGCAACAAGGGAUUGAAUAAAAAUUCACCAGCAAACCUUGAUAAA